AUUGCAGUUGUCGCAGACGCAGUAUCAACUUCAACAUGAAAAGAAAAAGAAGUCAUUGAAAAAUUAGCACACGAAGUAGAAUUACUUAGAUAAGAAGCCAAAGGCAAAGACAGCAACACCAUGGCGCCAUCACGGGGAGUAGUGUGUCUGUUAUCUACGACGUCCUUCUCCGCUCCAUUGGCGCCACCUGCGUCGGAGCGGAAGCUCUAUCAGGAAGCUCUGAAUCGGCAUGACAACGACCAUACAGCAAACACGGGUCCUCCGAAGGUGUUGGGUGCUCGUGGUGCUUCGACGGCGAGAGCACAAAAUGAGAGAUGGCGACCAGAAGAACGCAAAAGAGACCUUGAGCAACGGGUCACGGAAAUAGACCAAAGGCUAGAAGGCGAAAAAGACAAGAUCAAUCAGGACGUAAGGAUUUCAGAAUAGCUUUUAACGACCGUAAUGGUCAUGAUAGUUACAGUUAUGGUCAUCACAAAAACAAUAGGAAACAGAAAAUAUUUGACAAUAAGUUUUUAGGGGCAGUUGUAUCUUUCUCAACUUUUUAUUUUUUUGAAGAAUCCACGUUGACCCGACAAUGCAAAUAUAUCUUGUUGCUCCUUUUGCUUCAUUUGGUGAUCCUUCUGAUGUUCCUGUUUGAGCUUGUUUCACAUGAACGGUAUGUGCUCCUCGUUGUCCACCUUAUUAUCUCGUUAAACCAAUUGUCGAUAUCGGCCAUGUCGUGUCUCUAUUUCCUCCAGUUUGCGAAAUGCGGGGAGGAGCAAGAAGAGAAGGUAAAGCUAUGGCCGUGGGGUACACGCUGGGUGGGACGGAAAAUGGUGCCGAGAAAAACAAUGAGCGAGUGUUACGGCUAGUAGUUUUUUUACCACGUUGUCACGUAACAAGCGCCUACAUCCUAACCUUUCUUAUAGAUCAUCGAGAUGUUGGCUUUUGGGAGGGAGUACUAAUUAUAAAUUGUUAGUACUACAAAUACGACUUCUAGGUUGUUUGUAGUAGUUUUUGCUCCUUCGUGGUGUUGUUUCAUUUCUAAUAUUCUGCCCGCUAUCGCAAGCCGUCGAUUUAUGACCGCAUGAACAACGCCCGCAAAGGCUCCGGGCAAAGCAUUUCGACAGGUGCGGUGGAUACGCGGAACAGAAUCAUGAAUGCGGCAUACGAUGUGCGAGACAAGGCUCAAGCCAUAUGGACCAAUGCGAAGACCAUGGCACGAAGGACGAAAGAGCGCUUCAACAAGGGGUUUGACGACUGGCAACGUCGACAGCGGGAACAGGAACAGCAUGGUCGAUACGCCGCGCGCGCCAGGUUAGGCGGCGACGACUACGCGGUGAACCAGCGGAACAAGGCAGCAAUCAAGUCGUUGCGUCAUCGUGACGCCACGGGGAAAAUAGAAUCUCUGGACACAGAUAGCGUCGCGCACCUCAUUAUGUCGCCACAUACGUCCCACAGCGACCAUUUCCUCGUGUACGAUCGAAUUCCGGGCGAUAAUGUCUACGGCGAUAUGCACGCUGUGCACCACAUGCAACAGCAUUUCAGUGAGUGGGCGGACUUUAUUUGAUUGGUUGCAAACAACGUUGAGUUUGAGUUUCUAGAACGAAAAAACAAAAAGAUACACAGGGAGUAUGUCACAAACGGCUUGUAGAAGUCAUUUUGCACCAUGCAAGUAGAAGAAGGAGAAGCUACUAACUAUAUUUAUUAAUUUGAUGUCUACAUGCAAGUACUAGUGAUUUCAACAUGCAAGUGGAAGUUGUGAAAACUAGGUAUUACGUAGUACGAGAUCUUAGGCUUACAUAGACAUACUACGCAAUAAAAAGCCCGUUCGAGGUUUACCAGAGAGGUAUCUGAGCUACAGUGCCUGCAGUCGCAUGAUGUUGAUGAAACGAUUGUUCAUAUUCUCGCCACAAUGCAUUUUUUUAAUAGCUACUGUCCACAGUGAAGUGCACAUGCACUUUAUCAAAAUGGAGUAGUACAGGCAUGCUGGACUAGCACAAACUUGAGCAGAAGAAACAACCCGAUGAAGAGGAACAUGAUAGUAGAUAUAUCUCGUUGGGAAACUGAGUGCAAGAGCGAGAUAGCAUUUUUAUAGAGACGUCAAAUAUACAAUGUUGGGUUUACCAUGUUGACCCUUGGUGUUUCGGUCUUGAUUACAUGCGACGGAGUUGAAGAUUAUAGAGAGCAAACAUUUUUAAAAUCGAAAUACACUGAAUGAGGUAAGCAAGUAGGAGAAAUGAAAAACUCCGCUAAAAGAUAUAUUUGCGCGCAAAUACACAAGUCGUACUUGGCAGUCAACCACGACAGUACC